CAAGUUUCCGGAUUCCCAGGAUUGGCCUGUGGCGGCGGGGUGAACUAAAGUGAGGAUAAAACUUCAUCGUUUGAGUUACAUCGCUUAUUAAGCAGAGGACUCUCAGUAGUGGCCAUGUCUCAGUCUGGAGAGAAGGGAAAGGUGAGGCCUGCGGAGCUGAUGGAGGAGUACAACGCUGCUCCACCAUCUCAGUUCACAGAGGCGGCAGGCUAUGUGGGCUUUGCUAACCUACCCAAUCAAGUGCACAGGAAAUCAGUGAAGAAGGGUUUCGAGUUCACUCUCAUGGUUGUAGGGGAGUCUGGUUUGGGUAAAUCGACUCUGAUCAACAGCCUGUUUCUGACCGACCUUUACCCCGAGCGCUACAUACCUGGAGCUGCAGAGAAGAUUGAGCGCACAGUGCAGAUCGAGGCGUCAACGGUGGAGAUUGAGGAGCGCGGUGUGAAACUGCGGCUCACUGUCGUGGACACUCCUGGAUAUGGAGACGCAAUCAACAGCCAGGACUGUUUUAAGACCAUCAUCCAGUACAUUGAUAACCAGUUUGAGCGCUACCUGCAUGAUGAGAGUGGCCUGAACCGCAGACACAUCGUGGACAACAGAGUCCACUGCUGCUUCUACUUCAUCUCUCCGUUUGGACACGGAUUGAAGCCAUUGGAUGUUGAGUUUAUGAAGGCCAUACACAGUAAGGUCAACAUUGUGCCAGUCAUCGCCAAAGCGGACACACUAACUUUGAAAGAGAGGGAUCGUCUUAAGAGAAGGAUCCUGGAUGAGAUCUCUGAGCACGGCAUUCGCAUCUAUCAACUUCCUGACGCCGACUCGGAUGAGGAUGAGGAGUUCAAGGAGCAGACACGUGUCCUCAAGGCCAGUAUUCCGUUUGCAGUGAUUGGCUCCAACCAGCUGAUCGAGGUGAAGGGGAAGAAGAUCCGCGGGCGCCUGUACCCCUGGGGCGUGGUGGAGGUGGAGAACCCCGAGCACAACGACUUCCUCAAGCUGCGCACCAUGCUGGUAACACAUAUGCAAGACCUGCAGGAGGUGACUCAGGACCUCCACUAUGAGAACUUCCGCUCUGAGAGACUCAAGAGAGCUGGCAGAGCUGUGGAAGAGGAAGGAAUGGACAAAGAUCAGAUCCUGCUGGAGAAAGAAGCUGAGUUGAGGCGAAUGCAGCAGAUGAUCGCUCAGAUGCAGGCCCAGAUGAAGAUGAAGCCUGGAGAUGACUGAGACCUGAAGACGGGGGCGGUGUGUACCCGCCCUGUGUUGAUUGACAAGUGAUCUGUCACAUCUGGACUCCGCCCACUUGGAUCUUUUCACCAACCACAAGACACCACCAGCAAGGAACACAACAGCCAGAAUUGGCAACGUGCAAGACAAUCCCACCAUACACCUCACAUCACGCAUCCAUCACACAUCACACACCACACACAAAUACACUACAAUUACAUGACCUCAUUAUUGUUCUACUAACUUAAUCAAAAAGAAAAAAAAAACAAUUUCGGAAAAACAUUUUUUUCUACUAUGGAUCAUGCAUAACAUACACAGAAACUUAUAAAACCUUACACCCUAACGUUGUACAGGGUUGGUUACUUACAUAUCUUAAUUGUGAUUUUUUAUUAGUAUUUUUUUUUUUUAAAUAUGCACCAGCACUAGUGGUAAACUCAAGAUUAGAACCUAAUCUUGUCAGUUACCAUUAUGUUUUGUCUGUAAUACUGUAACAGAUAUUAAUAUUGAUUAUGAAACAUUGUUGUCAGGACUCAGCAAAUAUCCAGUGAUAUGCCUCUAACGUUCAGGAUUGCAUGUAAUUAGCAUGUCAUAGCAUGGCAUCUUAAUCGGUACGAGCGAGUAGGAGACUAGAGGAUGCAGGAUGAAAGGGAAGCUUAAGUGUUAAAAUGUGACAACGUUUACACUGUUGCUUGUGUUAUUGAAGAACAGCUGAUUUUUCUACUCGUUCUCCGUGUGUCUCUUUCUGUUCGAGAAAUGUAGCCGAGGCUCUUUCUGAGUGUUUGUGUGUAUGUGUUUGUUUGUUUGUUUGUUUGAGUCAGGGAGAGAGAGUGUGUGUGGCGGGUAGAGGUCUAGUGGUAUUAUAUGUCUCAGCCCCAGAACCUCUUUCUUGAUGCUGUGGACAUGGAAAACUGCCUGGUGCCUUGCAUCACACACUGGCAAGUCAACACCGCCAUCUUGUGGCUUGUAGUGGAACUUACUGCUAAAUGUGUAUAGUGACCACUGCCUAGUCUCGCCAGUGUUGCCUUUAAUUUAUCAGGUUAUAUUAGAUCUAUGACAGAAAUUGAUGGAUCACGUAUUGAGUGCAUAGUGAGAUCACUGGCUCAAUUUCCCAAUGGACAAAGUGACUAAUUUUAAGUAAUGGUACGGUCACUACUUGGGUUUGUUGUUAAAAGGUACAGUUAGACUUUAAGAAUUAGAUCAUCAAAAAGAGAUAUUUAUUCAGUAAUCGUUUCGGAGUGGAAUAAUUCUGACAGCUUCACCUCAGAUAAAUGCCCUAUAAGCACAGUUACUUACGAGUUCAAGGUUUGUCAGCAGCAUAGAGACACUAUUACGCAGACACACACACACACACACACACACACACACACACACACCGAGCAGCAGAUCAUAAGCCACACGCUCUGUCUGAGUUAUGAUGUGCUUGGCUCCAUCACUGCACUCGCUGUGGUUGUGUGCAUUGAGGUCACCUUCUAUGGGGUGACAUCGUCACUAGACCUACAAAGAAACCCUCAUCAGGGGUCUGCCGACUCAGACAAGCUCCCUGGCUAACUGUGACUCAGCUCCUAAGAAACUGCCGAGUCGCUGAAAGCCAUGAGGGAGGGCAACCUUUAAAAAAACAAAAAGUAUGAUCAUGUGGUGACGAUCCAAUCAGGAGAGAGCGAUCAGUGCAUUGUCAAAUGCUUUCCAUGGUAAUGUUUGGCACAGAUUCAGCGAUUGAUCAUGCAGCGGAGAGUAAUCAGGGAGGUUGUGUGUGUGUGUGUGUGUUGUGCAUACAUGUGUGUGAGAUCAGAUUUGUUGGAUGAUGGAUCACACAACUUCCUCUGUGGUUAUAGUGUCAGUUGUAGGGAUGCUUUAGCACAUUCAGAGCAAAAACACUUACACAUUUUCUCUCAAAAAGCCUUAACUUGAUUUCUAUCUUGACCAUCUACCAUCUGUUUUUUUUAUUCAUUAUUUUUUAUUACUGUAUUUUUCCCCACAGAGUUAAGUUGUUAUGUUUGCAUUUUGCAUGUGGUUUGUUGAGAUCUGUAGUGAAUGCCAAAAUCAGUGGUUGUAUUCUGCAGGUGGGGGUGUUGAGUUAUAUUUGGAUGAUGAGCUGCAUGGGUUGGCUUGGUGUUUUGGGAUUAAUGCUGACUCUAGUCCUUGCCAAUAGUGCUCUGCUGUGAUGGUUGAGUCAGUGCUACUGUAGUUCUAUUUCAUAGACCCUUAUGUAUUCUGUUUUUUUGUACUCUGUUUCAACUCACUCUAAGAAAAUAAAUAUUGUCAACAAGCUUGGAACAAUCUGA